AUGGUGGGCAAGGACUGUGUCGCAAUCGCCUGCGAUCUCCGUCUCGGCAUGCAAGCCCUCACAAUCUCCAACAACUUCCCCAAGAUCUUCCAAUACGGCGACGUGUUCCUUGGCCUAACAGGCCUCGCCACCGACGUUGCUACCGUCUCAGACCUUUUCCGCUACAAAGUCAACAUGUACCGCCUACGCGAAGAGCGCAACAUCAGCCCGCAGACCAUGGCCAACCUCGUCUCCUCGUCGCUGUACGAGAAGCGGUUCGGCCCGUACUUUGUCAGUCCAGUCAUUGCAGGAAUCAACCAGACAACCGGGAAGCCGUUCAUCUGCGGAUUCGACAGCAUUGGGUGCAUUGAUUUUGCGAAGGACUUCAUCGUGAGCGGAACCGCAAGCGACCAGCUGUUUGGCACAUGCGAAGGCCUGUGGGAGCCUGAUCUGGUAUCAUCCCAGGGCCCAGAGGACCUCUUCGAGACCAUCUCGCAAGCGCUGCUAAACGCUGUUGACCGAGACGCACUGUCGGGCUGGGGAGCACACGUGUACAUCAUCGAGAAGGACAAGGUCACCAAGCGGUUAUUGAAGGGCAGACAGGACUGA